AUGGCCAGCACGGAGGGGCUGCCCCUUGCAGGGGCCGGCGGCACAGCCAGCACGAAAAGCGAUGGCGCCAGGCCAAAGGCAGGCAGGGACAGCGAGCAGGAGUCCAACUCAGUUCGCCCUCGGGCAAAGAAAGCUCCAGAACACCCAUCCAUUGACCGCAAGAACUGGCUCAUUCACAUGCAUUUCGUUCGACGCGAGUUCGAUAUCUGCAAGGCGCUCAUCAAGGAGAUGCUUGCCGAGACGAAGGGUUACUGUGAAUACGCCCUCUACGUACAAGCCCUGAUACUGCGCCACGAAGGAAACAUCAGCGAAUCGUUGGAAGUGUUCCAGUCAUGUGCCCUCCUCAACGGGAAUGUUUCGAUCCUGAAACAAGUAGCCAGAUCCUUGUUUCUGCUGGGAAGACACAAGGCAGCAGCUGACAUCUACGAGGAAUGCAUUAAACUGAAAGGAAAAUGCUGGGACAUAUUACAUUACCUCGGACUCUGCUAUGCAAAGCUGAAGGACUACGAGCAGGCGAGACAACGCUUUGCAGAAGCCAUACAGCAGAGUCCUCGGGACGAGACAUUCGUCGCCCUGGGAGAACUGCACAUUGCCAAUGACGACAUCAAGUCUGCAAUCAACGUCUUCCGAAAGGCUGUCGAGAACAAUCCCGAGAGUGCUGAGCUGAACACGAAGCUCGGAUUAUUGUACAUGCAGUGCAACAUGUAUCCGAAGGCGUUCGAGCGUCUGGGUGCGGCGCUGGCCAGCAACCCGAACUACGGACCUGCCGUGCUAGCGGCUGGAAGCAUCAUGCAGACGUACGGAGACUACGACGUGGCGCUGACGAAGUAUCGCGCCAUCGCCUCGGCGCCAGAUGAAAGCCCCGCUCUGUGGAAUAACGUCGGCAUGUGUUUCUUUGGCAAGAAAAAGUACGUCGCGGCCAUCAGCUGCCUGAAAAGAGCCAACUACCUGAACCCCCUGGACUGGCAGAUCCUGCACAACCUCGGUCUGGUGCACCUGACCAUGGAGCAGUACGCCUCGGCCUACCAUUUCUUCAAUGCCGCCGUUCACUUCAAUCCACGCAACGGGCAGCUCUUCAUGCUGCUCGCCAUUGCGUUGAGAAACCUUCAGGACCCGGACAACGCAAAGCGGGCGUACGAGAGGGCCAUGACUUUGGACGAGGACCCUCUGGUGUGCCUCAAUUACGCCGUCUUGAUGCACGACUUGGGCGAUCAUAAGGCGGCGACCAGGCUGCUCGGAAAGUUCGAAGAGCGGUGCCUCAAGCAGCAGCAGGCCUCGGGAAUCGAAAUUGACGCGGCGGUGACGCAGAUGGCCAACAACCUGUCCAGUUCUCUGCAAUCGACGAGCGCGGACAGCAAGAGCUACGACGAAGUGCCGGACUCGCCAGACAGAAACGACGAGUCCUCGCAAGAAAGAAGCGAAUAAAGACAAGUUGCUGAAUCCGGAAUACCUUGCGCAGCCCCAGCCUCUAGCGAACAACUCUGGGCCAUCCAAUAGG